AUGGACAAAGAGCCUCUUCUCCUGUUUAAAGACGUGAAAGCGAACUAUGGCACAGACAGCCCUUCACGAGGACGCCGAGUUAUAUUCUGCGUACACGGAAACCCAUCCACUGGCUGCUGUGCAGUCAUCGAAACUACUACCGAUGGAGAUGACGGAGAUAGAAGAAAUGGCAGCAUCGGUGAGGCUGAAACACAUUGUCAUAAAUCAAGGAAUGAAGAAGUGGACAAGCGGGCGAGAAGAAAACUCAUAUUGGCCAGCAUAUUGUGUGUCAUAUUUAUGAUUGGUGAAAUUGUAGGUGGUUAUUUAUCAAACAGUCUUGCGAUAGCCACAGAUGCAGCACAUUUGCUCACAGAUUUCGCCAGUUUCAUGAUAUCGCUCUUUUCAUUGUGGGUCGCGAGCAGGCCGGCGACGAGAAGGAUGCCCUUCGGGUGGUACCGUGCUGAGGUGAUAGGUGCCUUAACAUCAGUUCUCCUCAUAUGGGUGGUGACCGGAGUGCUUGUCUACAUGGCGGUGCAGCGCGUCAUCUACAAGGAGUUUGAGAUCGACGCCACCGUCAUGUUGAUCACCUCGGCUGUUGGAGUCGUUGUUAACCUGAUAAUGGGUCUGACCCUGCACCAGCACGGCCACAGCCACGGUGGCGGCGGUGGCCACGGACAUUCCCACGGGACCAGCAACCCCGUUCUCAAUAAUAAGAAGGAGCGGUCGGACUCUGAUGUGGAGAGCUCUACUUCUCAUUCGCACUCGCACACCCAUCAGGCUGAGAACAUCAACGUGCGCGCCGCCUUCAUACACGUGUUGGGAGACUUCAUACAAAGCUUCGGUGUACUUGUUGCCGCUAUCGUCAUAUACUUCAAACCGGGAUGGGACCUGGUAGAUCCUAUCUGCACAUUCUUGUUCUCCGUCCUGGUGCUCAUCACCACGUUCAACAUCAUCAAGGAUACUCUGUUGGUGCUUAUGGAGGGAUCGCCCAGGAAUGUUGAUUUCCAGGAGGUAGCCAAUACAUUCCUGUCGCUGCCCGGCGUGGUCCGCAUCCACAACCUGCGGAUGUGGGCUCUUUCUUUGGACAAGACCGCUCUCUCCGCACAUUUAGCUAUUCGUUGUGGAGUUAGUCCGCAGAAGGUUCUAGAAGAAGCCACCCGUUUGGUUCACGACAAAUACAACUUCUUCGAGAUGACGUUGCAGAUUGAGGAGUUCAACGACACUAUGGAGGACUGCAGCCAGUGUAAGAUGCCGCAAACUUAG